AUGGAGACACUUCUUUUUCUAUUUCCUCAAUUCAACUGCAUGGCCCCAAAGGAGGAAGCAUAUUUCAAAAUGCUUGGUCCAGAACACUUGUAUGCACCAAAGAUGAAGGACGAUUCGAGCAGGCAGAAAGACAAGGAGAGGAAGAGUCGACUAAGCCUUUUUCUCACCAAGUCGGGCUCCCAUGAAAAUGUCAGUCCCCAUAAAAAGACAAAUACGACGCCCAGCAACAUCUCACCAGAGGCGGCUUUGCAGUGGAGCGACUCCUUUGAAGAACUGCUGAAGCACUCGGAUGGAGUAGAAACCUUCGGUCAGUUCCUCAGGACAGAGUUCAGUGAGGAAAACAUUGAGUUCUGGUUGGCCUGUGAAGAAUACAAGACCAUUGAUUCUGAGACAAAGCUGCUGUCUAAAGCCAAAUGUAUUUUUACAGUAUUUAUUGAAUCGGAGGCCCCUAAAGAGGUCAACAUUGACUACAACACCAAGAUGGCCAUCAAGAAGGACAUGGCACAGCCCACAAAGAGUUGUUUUGAAGCCGCACAGAUGAAAGUCUACAGCCUGAUGAAAAAGGACUCCUACCCUAGGUUCCUGCACUCUGACAUUUAUCUGCGUCUCACCAGGCAGAAAGGCCCCGGGGCCAACAUGUUUCGCAGAAGGUCACGCUCCUGUGUAUUCAAUGAGCGAGGCGAGGCCACGACUGAACCCUUGGCCUGGUAGCUGUAACAUCCUGGGCGUAGUCGGUCGCUCUGUGAAACAGAUUAAACAGCAGAUAAUCUGUGAAUUGCAGAACAGUUUGUGUAGCACAGAGCUUUGUUAUUCACAGGUUUGCUUCUGCAAAGUGCAUAUCUUUUCUUUUGAGGAUCAAUACCGUUCUCCUGUGUGCAUAUAACAAGCUACAGCCAACCGUCAGUUAGCUUAGCUUUUUUUAAAUGGUGGAAACGGGAAUUUAGCCUGGCUCUGUCCAGUAUUAAAACAUCACAUCUGAAACUCACUACACUCUACACAAGCACAUUAUAUCUUUUCUAUUUAAAGGUUCAAUGUGUAGAAUUUAGAUCCACUCCUGAUGUCAACGAGUGAAAACAUCACUAGCAGUAUUUUAUAUUAAAUUUCUGCCAAUAGAUCGCUUUCACCUAAAUCUUACACACUGGACCUUUAAUCUGCACCAGAUGAUUUCUUGUCCAGUAACCUCUUGGACUCUUCACUGGUUUCAUUACAACCUCACAUACCACAACAUACAUUGAAGUUUUAGUUUGCUGUUCCUGCCUUUGACCAGUAUUUAUGCUAAGCUAUGCUAACUGACUGAUAUCCACCAUAUAGACAUGAGAGUGAAAUUAAACUUCUCAUCUAACUCUUGAUAACAAAGCGAAUGAGUUUGUUUCCUCAGAUGCAGUUUUUCUUUAAGUCCUAUACCAGCAGCUUGAUAACAGCUGACACCAUUGGCCUUUCAGCCAUAAGAAUACAUUUAGAAAGGCUCUGAGGAUGCUACGUCACAGACAUGUGGUUAUUUGAAAAUAACGGGAGCCCUCUGGCCAAUCAGAAGUAUGUGGCCACAGAGAAUAGAGUAUCUGUCUAUCUAUCAGUAUAAACCCAGAUGACUCUGCAGCACUUGCAGCAAAGAUCUAUUCAUUCUCUACCUCAGAGGCACUGCACUGUUGGUGAAUUGAACCUGAUGAUUUUUAUAGUUUCUCAAAUCUUGACAAAACUUUAUCGACAUCGGAGGACAGAAUCUCUUACUGCUUCUCUCUAGCUCUACUGUACAGGCCUCUGCACGGAGGUGACUCUCCUGAACUCAGACAUGUUACACUUCAUUGUCUUCCUAUCCAGUGACAGCACCUUAUACCACAUAAUUACAGUUGAUUUGGUGUUUUUAAAUGAACCGUAUCUCACUAUAAAAUAUUUAUGAUUUUAGCCCUCGUACUGUCCAAUCCAGUCUCAGCUGCAGUGGAAGCCUGCAACCAUGUAGACAAGCUCUGAGACUUUUUAAAGAGAUAUAUAGAUCUCUCAUUUCUCUUAUUAAUUAGAAUGUAUUCACACACAUAGAAUAUACAUAUAUCAUAUUUGAAUACUAAUAUCUUUUUAAUCAUGAUUUCUGGUUUUCAGUUUACUACCAUCUAACAUUAUUUAUGCGUUUGUUGUGAUCAUAUGUGUUGCCUCGCUGUUGUAAAUGUACAUACUUUAAUAUGUGAA